UGAUUUCAAUGUUGAUGUUGUCGACACAAGUUCAAGCUCAAGAAUCAUUUGAACCAGAUUCGGAACCAGUGCGGCCACAAUUACCGGACGGUACACGCCGCCGUUAUGAUCGUUUUAAUCAAUGGAUGAAAGUGAUAAACGAAUUUUUCACCCAAGGCAAUUGGCUUAAUGGUGGUCCAUCGAAUCUGAUUGAAUACAUUACCAGUACGUUGGCAAAAUUAUUGGACAUAUUGAUGAAUCGUCGUGGACCACCGGUUAUAGCACCGGUUGAACCAAUAUCACCACCAUCAACGGAUGAUACAAUCGAAUAUAAAGUAUUAGAUUCAAAUGGACGACAACGACAAUCAAUAGAUCGUUAUCGUGAAUCGAUUGGAAAUCGACCAAAAAUUCAAUUAAAUCUAAACGAUAUCAUUCGUAUGAUACCAACAAAUCAAUUGAAUCGUUGAUCGAUAUAAUUAUUUUCAAAGAAAAAAAAAAUAUUGAGCAUUUUUAUUUU